AUGCAUAAAGAAAAUGGGAAUCAGAAUUCCUAUGAACACAACAACAUAACAUUAAAAGAAAAUGGUGAAGAAAUAAAUGACCCAAAAGAAGUGUGUGAGAAAUUUAUACAAAAGUUCAGUACAGUUGGUACAAAUGAAGUUCAUGUCAAGCCACAAAAUUUUAGCCUUGGAAAAUCUAGCCAGUCCUUUUACAUCCACGGCAUUACUGAGAGGGCCGUCCUAGCAAUCAUAUCAGCACUUCCACCAAAAAUGUCUUGUGGCUGGGAUGAUAUUUCACCUAAACUGCUAAAGGAAUGCAGGGAUGAAUUAGUGAAACCCCAGACUCAUUUGAUAAAUACCUCCCUCAGAAAUGGAGUAUUCCCUGACCUUUUGAAAAUUACUGAAAUUAUACCAGUGCAUAAAAAGGGAUUAAAAACUGACACUGAAAACUACAGUCCAAUACCAUUAACCUCAGAACUAGUUCCAUGGAUCCUUGACGUGAAUGUAUUGCUAGGAUGUAGAAUGUGUCAUGUUAUUUCAGUAAUAGCCACAUGUAGAUGA